GCGAUGUUGAGGAGGAGCGUGACGUGGUUAAUCUCAAAUACCAGCAUCAUAGGCAUCAUCAAGAUUAUCAACAUCCUCUGAGUUCCAUCCCACUGGGACAAAAGCGCCCUCCCCGCACUCCUAGCGCCAUAUAAAUCAUCUGUAUCCUUCUUUCAUAGCACGCCUUUAUACGCUUUUAUAUCCUGCUCAGCCAUGGACUUCCUCCUUGUUCCAAGAGCUCUGCCUGAUGAGCCAGCCCCAGGGACCCAACAGCCGGUACCUGGCUCGGGCACCUGUGAACUCAUGGGCCCCUUCGCCAUCUUUGUGCAACUGUUGCUCGCUACCAUGGCCUUUUCAACUCUUAUCUUCAAACGCAGCAAAGAGCGGCCGAUGCGGCCGCUUAGAAUCUGGCUGUACGAUGUGAGCAAACAGAUCGUUGGUGGCGUUGUUAUCCACUCACUCAAUCUUUUGGCAGCAACGCUCUUUGGUCUGUCCUCAGAGCGAAAGGAUUCCAAUCCCUGCAUAUGGUACUUUUUGAAUAUUUUUUUGGACACGACCUUUGGCGUUGGAGUGCUCUACCUCUUUCUCAAGGCGGCUGACAAGUACUUCAGCCAUAUGCGAAUGGAGGGUCUGAAAACAGGAGAUUAUGGCAACCCUCCUCAAUUUGAGCGUUGGUGGAGGCAAACUCUUGUCUUCUCUCUCGGCCUUGUGGUGAUGAAGAUUAUCGUUGUGAUUGUUCUGACCUGGCCCUUCCUCUUCACCUUUGGAGAAUGGUUCCUUGGCUGGACGCUGCAGAAUGAGAAGUUGCAGAUAUUGUUUGUGAUGUUGAUAUUGCCCUUGAGCAUGAAUAUCGUGCAGUUCUGGGUCAUUGACUACAUUCUCAAGCAGAAGACUACGGAGAAGUUCCCUAUCCGGAUAGACGAGGACGAGGAAGACCUUUACGGACUUGUUGGGGGUCUGGAGCAGAGCUAUGACGAGGAUGGCGACGAGUUGGAUGAGAAUCCUCAUGGUGCGGAAUCCAGCGGGAACCGCAGCCCAACAUCGCACCAUCAACUGUCGGAGAGACUGGACAUAGAGGAGGACUCCGUACCGAAGCAUCAUGAAUAUGAGUAUGUCCGUUCUGCAAUAGGAUCCACCAGGUGACCUUCCUGCAAUAGGCAACCCACAUACCAUAGAUCAGCUCUAAUAAAGACUUGUAUAGU